AUGGCUGGCAACGGAGAUGAGGUCGACUUCAAGUUGUACCGCUACGACCCUUCGAUGGCUGCGGCUGUCAUCUUCAUCGUCCUCUUUCUCCUCAUAUCAGUACUACAUUUGUACCAAACGGUCCGCACACGGACGUGGAUACUCACACCGUUUGUCAUCGGCGGCUUCUUCCAAUUUGCUGGAUACGUAGCAAGAGCGGUAUCCGCUGCCGAAUCUCCCAACUGGACAGUUGGCGCAUACUCCGCCUCCACCAUCCUACUCCUCGUCGCUCCCGCCCUGUAUGCUGCAAGUAUAUACAUGAUGCUCGGUCGCAUCAUCCUCAUUACCGACGGCGAACAACACUCCAUCAUCCCCAAGCGAUGGCUCACAAAAAUUUUUGUCGUAGGAGAUGUCAUUUCAUUUCUGAUGCAGGGCGCUGGCGGUGGCAUAAUGGCUAGCGGCACAGUCGACGCACUCCAUACCGGCGAAAACAUCAUCAUCGGCGGUCUCGUAGUUCAAGUCCUCUUUUUCGGCUGCUUCAUGGUGACGAGCUUUAUUUGGCACACUCGAAUGAGAAAGAACCCCACAACCCGAAUCCUCUCAGGAUCUAUACCGUGGGAGACGCAGCUUUGUUCUCUUUAUGCAGCUAGCUUUCUCAUUCUUGUGCGAUCCGUGUUUCGCCUGAUUGAGUACGCGCAAGGCAAUGACGGUUUUCUGAUUUCCCACGAAUAUUUCCUUUACAUCUUUGAUUCGACCCUCAUGUGGAUUACCAUGGCAAUUGUGGCAUGGAUACAUCCGAGUGAGAUUACAGGGUUGCUGAAAGGCGAGCAUGGGGUUGCGGUGCGCCGUGGUGUAGAAGUAUACGACCUUUGUUAG